AUGAGGGAUCCGGAAGCGCCCUCGCUGGUGAGGCUGCCGGAGCACGUCGUGCUGGAGAUCCUCGCGCGCGUGCCCGGCGUCGACGACCUCUUCCGCUGCGCGGCCGCGCGCAAGCGCUGGCGCGACCUCGUCACCGAGCCCGCCCACGCCGUCCUCACCGGCGCGGACUGUUGCCCCGACGAAGGCCAGCGGCAAUCCCCGGACCCGGCUUCCUUCAAGGUGCUGGUCGUCGGCGUCAGCGACGACCGGCGGCACUACGUUCUCCGCACGUUCUCCUCCGGUGAGCCGAGCUGGAGCGCGCCCAGCGAGUGCUUCGACCCGGUAGAGCGCGGCAUCUUCGGGCCGUUCAAGCGGCGCAGCGCCGUCGUGAGCCACGGGACGGCGCACUGGGUCCUCUGGGACCUGGUGAAGUUCCACGUCCUCGACGUGAACGCCGCCACUCGCCACGCCUCCUUGCAGGAGCUACAGACCCCGCCGCCGGCAGGCGACCUCCCCCUGUACGAGUCGCCGCAUCUGAGCGUCGCGCCAAACAAGGCGGCGACUCUGUCGUCGCUUUGCCUGUCGAGCCAAGACCCCCAGGUGGAGAUCUGGACGCGGCGGGACGGCGGCAAAGGGAGCAACGAGGGCUGCGGCGGAGACUGGAGCCGCGAUAGGGUGGUCGAGAUGACACCCGAGCAGAAUCAGAUCGUCGACAGGCCACGGUGCAUGUGCACCGGGGACAGGAGCGGCACGGUGUUGAUCACUGACCGGUGCCGGUGCAUGUACAUUUUACAUCUCGAAAGUGGCGCCAUGGAGGAGGUGACGGACCACCUCCGUGGCCUCCGUGACUACAAGACCGCCAUGGCCGUCGAGAUAGAUUGGCCGGCCUUCUUCGUCUGUCGGCUUCUUGGUGGAAAGGCACAUGUUUAA